UCCUUUUUCUAUCAAUUCUUGGUUUUACUUCUCUAUGUGAAGAAAGAUUGAAUUUUUAAUCUGUUUUUGUUUUUAUCUUCCAACAAUAAACACUUAAUGAGUCUCAGAGAGAUUGGAGAGAGGGAAACGAAAAAGAAAGAAAAAACAAUCCCUUUAGGUUUAAUAUUUGUCCAACAACUUGUUAUUUGUUGAAUUCUUGGUACCCUUCAUGGCUUUGGUGCUUUUUCCUCUUACUGUUAAGUUUAGAAGAGAAGAGAAAUAAAGUACAGAAAAUAGUCAGUUUAUAUUGAGUACAACAACUAUAAUGGAAAUCAACGCUUAUCAAACUCGCGCUGAGCUGCUUCUUCGAAGCUACAUGCUUUCAGACUCUUUCAUUGUCUAUUGUUCUGUUAUUGGUGGCAUUUUCGCUUGCAAGCUGGUAUAUGAUCUUAGCCAGAUAUUCACCUCUAUUUACUUUAAGCGUUAUGCUGGGCUCUCAAAAUCCCAACAAGUUGAAUGGAAUAACCGGUCCAUAUCUACAGUUCAUGCAAUAUUCAUUACAGCCAUGUCACUAUACUUGGCAUUCUGGUCUGAUCUUUUCUCUGAUGAUCAGUUGUCUGGCCUUGUCAUUAUGCGGAGUUCCACUUUAUCAACCUCUGUCUUGGGGGUUUCUGUGGGAUAUUUUCUCACUGAUCUUGCUAUGAUCCUUUGGUUUUAUCCUUCUUUAGGUGGAAUGGAAUAUCUGGUUCAUCACCUUCUCUCUUUGGUAGCAGUGACAUACGCAAUGUUGACUGGUGAGGGGCAGCUUUAUGUGUGCAUGGUUUUACUUUCUGAGGCAACAACCCCGGGGAUCAACUUGAGAUGGUAUCUUGAUGUAGCUGGAUUAAAAAAGUCGAAAGCAUACCUCAUAAAUGGUUUCAUGAUGGUGUUUACUUGGCUGGUUGCCAGAAUUUUGUUAUUCAUUUACUUGUUCAACCACAUCUACGUCCACCACGAUCAGGUUAAUCAGGUGUCUUCCUUUGGGAUUGUCUUGGUAUGUGUUGCGCCAUUGGUACUUGCUGUGAUGAACUUGGUUUGGUUCUGGAAGAUUGUGAAAGGACUUAAGAAGACUUUAGCAAAGAGGCACUGAAGUUUGGAUCAAAUUAAAUUCACCCCCAUCACAUAUUCAAAUGCUUAUUUGUUUAUUUAUUUAAAAAAAAACUAUACCCUGGGGAAAAACUUCUAGUAGCUACAUGAGAAAAGGAAAAAAAAAAAAAAGGAUACAUCAAGAAUUGACUUGCUGUUCUCAACAAGAAAAGAAAAGUUCAAUAGAAAUAUUCUCCUAGCUAGUGUAGUCUGAUUUAUAUGUUCUCCACAUUUUUAUUUUUAUUUAAACGCGGGGUUUGGUCUGAAGUCUGAACCCCUACCUUGUAAAUUAAAACUCAACAGAUGAAUACAUUUAGCAAGGGAUAUAAUACCAAUCUAGACAAAUCUGAA